GACCUAGCACAGUUAUCAAGAACCACGGACGGACGGGCCGAGGUUCAAAGAUCUACAAUUUCCACGCGUGCUCUUCCUACUCCUACUUUGCUUCACUCGAUACCCCACGAACACCUCGAAGACGUCACGAACUGACCAGACUCACACCACAUUCCCGGACCCUCGCCCAACAAUGGCGAAGAACGACGAUUCUGCGCCGGAUCUGAAGAUCCUCGGCGACCAAAUCACUCUUCAACCUAGCGGCUACAUCAAGCCCUCCCAACCACGCGAUGACGAAAAGGAGGAGGCUCUGAUGAAGCACAUGGCACGCUUCCGCCAGGAACCGCUACAGUUCCUCCGCGAAGUCUCUCUUUACGUCUCCGGUACCGGCUGGCGCGCCUACGAUAAUGCCAUCGGCCAGCCCAUCUUCUACUCCGGCUUCAGCGAUAAGAUGAAGGAAGCUGUACUGUCGGCGCCCCUGUUGCAGUCGCGCAUUGCAGAUCUUGCUGAGAAGCGUGUUGCUGUCGAAGAAAAGGAAGGGCUGUUGAACCAGCAAGACAAGGACUUUGUUAUGAAGCGCGCGCGUAGACGAGCAGUCAUCGAGUCGGGUAUCCAAGAGGUGGCAGACAAGAUGACGGACGACAUGAUCUGCAAGUUUGAGAGCAAGACCUUUAUCCGAAGCGCAUACUAUCUCGUCACACAGUUGACGUUGCGAGCCUAUAACCAAGGCAUCCACGUCUCUAGUGAGGAGGUUCUGAGGCUGAGGAAGGUCGCUGAAGAGGCCGAGAAGAAGAAGCAGAGCAUCAUAUUCCUCCCCUGCCAUCGAUCACACGUCGACUAUGUCUCCCUGCAGCUCAUCUGCUACCGCCUUGGACUCGGCUUGCCCGUCGUCGUAGCUGGCGACAACUUGAACUUCCCUCUUGUAGGAAGCUUCUUGCAGCACGCUGGUGCCAUGUGGAUUCGGAGAGCAUUCGGCGACGACAUUUUGUACACAACUCUGGUGCAAACCUAUAUCGACACCCUGCUACAAGGUGGUUACAACUUUGAGUGUUUCAUUGAGGGUGGUCGGUCAAGGACAGGAAAGCUGUUGCCUCCCAAGUUUGGUAUUCUCAGUUUCAUCUUGGACAGUAUCCUGUCUGGUCGUGUGGAGGACGCCAUCAUCUGCCCAGUGAGCACGCAAUAUGACAAGGUCAUCGAGACUGAGGGCUACGUCACAGAGCUACUGGGUGUGCCUAAGAAGAAGGAAAACUUGGCAGACUUCCUUUCCGGGGGUUCUUCAGUCUUGUCCCUGAGACUUGGCAGAGUCGAUGUCAGAUUCCAUGAGCCAUGGAGCUUACGCGGUUUCAUAAAUGAGCAGCUCACCAGACUGGAAAGAUUACCUACCGGCCUCAACAUGGACACAAAGAACCCCGAAAACACCGCUAUCCGACAGAAGCUUCUGCGCAUUCUGGGCUACAAGGUCUUGUCAGACAUUAAUGAUGUCUCCGUCGUCAUGCCUACAGCCUUGAUCGGAACAGUCUUACUCACUCUGAGAGGCAGAGGCGUAGGCAAGACGGAACUCGAGCGCCGCGUUCUGUGGCUCACCGAUCGUGUUCGUGCAAAGGGCGGCAGAGUCGCCCACUUUGGAGCUGCACCGCUCUCUGACAUUAUCGAGCGCGGUCUUGAUGUUCUGGGCAAGGAGCUGGUCGGCGUCGUAAAGGACCUUCCAGAGCCUACAUAUUAUGCCGUUGAUCGCUUCCAGUUGUCGUUCUACCGCAACAUGACGAUUCAUCUGUUCAUUUCGGAGGCUAUUGUUAGCGCCGCCAUGUACAUGAAGGUGAAGCAGGGCGGUGGCCCGGCCAUGCAGGAUAUCUCCUUCCAAGAGCUGCAAGACCAGAUCCAAUUCCUCUCGUCACUGUUCCGUGGGGAAUUCAUCUUCCCCAGCGAAGGCCUAGCUGCCAACUUGGAAAAGACGCUGCGAGACCUGGAGGCAGACAAGGUGCUGAAACUGCACCGCGACGACCAGGGUAAGGUCAUUGUGGUCGGUCUUUCAGAUCACGAACGAGUCGUUGGUCGGGAGAAUUACGACUUUUAUUGUUUCCUCAUCUGGCCGUUCAUCGAGGCCAGCUGGCUUGCAGCUGUCUCGCUCAUGGGCUUGUCGCCACCUCUGGGCCAGAAGGAUGAUAUCUGGAUCGAGGUUGCAAAAGCCCAGGGCAGUGCACAAGUAGUAAGUGGACUAAGAUGGAUAUUCAUUAUGGCAUAUGUGACUGACACUCCCCAGCUCGGCAAAACACUGUACCACCAGGGCGACCUGAGCUACUUCGAGGCCGUCAACAAGGAGACAUUGAAGAAUGCCUACCAGCGAUUUGAAGAGGAAGGUAUACUUCAGGUUGUGAAAUCAAAGGACCCCAAGGUUCCUCCACGCCUGCGUCUCGACCCAGAAUGGCGCCCCUCCCGCGAUCCGGAGACCGGCAGCCUCAACGCCUCUGGCCGGCUCUGGGACUUUACCGAGAAGAUUGCGUCCAGUCGUCGUGAGGGCAAGAACCGUCGUGAUGGUGCGACUGUAAGCACACGGGUACUUCGUCUGACAGACUUGCUGGGAAGCAAACUGUUUGACGCUGCUAGAAACAUUGACGGCAAGGGGGUAUCGCCUCUGCUGAGUAUCGAAGACGCGCGCCAGCUGAAGAAAAGCGUGAAGGAGCAAAGGAGGCGCAGGUCCCUGGAAAACCGCGCGCACCUGUAGAUGAUGUAUUACUUGUAAACGUGUGAAGCGUGAUGAUCUUACGAUGUAUUUGUUAAUUGCAAAGCAUGGCAUUCUUGGAAAUUAUA